CUCUUCCCUUCACUUCCCAUGUCUUCACUCAUCUUUCAUCUUGUUUCCUUUCAGACUCUCACUUCUUCUCGCAUUAUGUUUACAAAUCAACAAGAUCCUAUUGACCCAUUAUAAACAGAGAAAGACCAACUCAAACCUAAUGACAAUUUUUAAAAUUAGCCUUUUAUUUUACUGUUUUUUAAUAAAUUUCAAUCAAUUUGAGUAAUAAUGAAGAAAAAUGUUCCUUCUUAAGUGAUUAUAAUAUGUAAAGUAUAUUAUUUUCCAGUUUUACCCACUUAUGAUGCAUAUUUACAUCAGCUGUUUAAGUCAUCAAUGAUGGUUGCUGUUAUUGGAUUUUUUUAAGUGUCAAAGUUAUACCAUGUGUAAUUCAUUUUAAUUUUAUUCUAGUUGCUCAUGGAAUAAUCAGCAGAUCAAAUCAAUGAUUUAAAAAUUAUGUUGUCGCAGUAACCUAACCGCGCAUUGGUGAUAUAACCAAGUGAUCCUUUUUUGGCAUUCGUAAUGAUUAUAAAUUACCCGGCAGUCUCAAGGUUGGCUUGGUUAGAUUCAGCCAACUUUGACAAAGAAGGUUUCCUGUUUGUCCGUGAAAGACGAGAAGGUUUGUUUAAUCAUUGGAAAAGUGAAACAUUUAUUGAACGAUUAUGUCGGCUUCGUGGUAACCUUUUAUUUAUCCUGGCAACAUCCAAUCCAGAUACCAAGAAAACAUCUUAUCCCAGUGGUAACAAAGUUACUAGUCGAGAUAAUAAUCAUACCUCUAAUACUAUCAUUAAUAGCAGUGAAGGUGGCAUUGAUGAACCACAUCAUCAUAAUUACCAACAGCGUAUCAAUCAUUCAUCAUCCUCUGAAGCCGUUGGUAAGGAUUUAUCAUCUACUGGAGAGAAUCGUAUUGUUUUCAUCUUAUUUUUGGAAGAGUGUGUUAUCAAAUUGUCCGAGGAAAGUAAUAAUAAACACUUCUCGUUCAUCAUUGAGUUUGGUAAAAAUGAUCCAACCAAGCCUUUCCAUUUUACCACAAUAUCUCAACAGGAGAGAGAUUCUUGGGUUGAGUGUAUUCAUCUGUCUAGUUUAAACUAUCUUAAAUCACUUCGUAAAACCUUCAUUAAUCUUAAAAUUUCCACUGGUUUAGCUUCAGCAUCACAAGACCCCAUUCUUGACCCUAUUGGAAACAACUCCGUUUCAACAACAAAUACUUCAUCAACAUCUUCUUCAUCUCCUAAUAAGGCUUUCUUUUGUACCAAUUCUUAUAUGAAAAUCAAUCUAUCCUGUACCGUGAUACUAUUUGAUGACCAUCCGUUGGAACCUAACAUUUUCAUUGCUGUAUUUUAUCGCAAGGAAAAAUUUAGCUCUUGGACCUUUCUGGAUAAAACUGAAGUUGUUUCCUCACAAAGUGCCAAAUUUGCCAAACAAUUCAAUCUACCAUCAGAAGAUUGGUCACAAUAUCAGCUGCGAUUCAAGGUUUACGAUGUGGUUGAACGUCUAACUGAUACCCGAGUGCUCCUCGGUGAAUCUAUUUAUGCACCAGCUUCUCUUAUUAUGGGAUUGGCUGAAAACCAGGAUAAUUCACAAGUAUUUGAUCUUGAUAUUACAUCUACCCUGCGAGACUCUCAAGUGAUUGGCAAACUUAAGGUCACCAUUAAAGGACCCGUUUAUCCAGACGAUAAGUGGUCUACUAACCAAACUGAUUCUAUAUCAUCUCGUCGGCCAAAAAGUUUACCUCUUACAUCAGUUUCAUCCAGCAAACCAAUGGCUUUUACACCUUCAUCUUCAUCAUCAUCCGCUAAAAUUGGUGUCACCCCAUCAUUAUUAGAAGAAGCACCAGAAAUGGAAUCGGAAAAGGAAGUUCAACUGGAAAAACAGGAAUGCAAUAAUACUGAUUUGUCUACAGGAAAAAAUUCUAUAUCAACAUCUGAAUUACCUAGACGUUACUCUGUGCCCAAUAAUUUUGACAUCCAAAUCAGCCCCAUUACAAACAAUACCGUUUUAAUGUCAUUACCUGGCUACUGGAAUCUUGAUGAUGACCUUUUUGUUAAUGUUAUCCAUCGCUCUUUUCAAUUUGAUGUACCACUAAAAGGUUUAUCCAUUUCCAUUGAGGAAAUCAUGGCUGAAUCCAAAUAUUGUAUGCUUUUUCCUCAAAUAAUCAUGAAUAUCUUUAUGGAUGAUGAAAAAAAAUUGAUGAAUUGUGUUACUUAUUCACUGGGCGAAGUUAAACCAGAUUAUCAGCGAACUCAGAUGAGAGUUUUAGAAUCACAUUUACGUCUUGUAAACGUUGUCACCGAAUCAAUUAAUGAACUGUAUCAAGUUCAGUUGGACAAAAAGUUCUUUAGACCAUCAAUUGCCAAAAAAGAGCUGUUCUUCCAAUAUGUGCCACUCAAUUUUCACUUACAAAGAUGUCUAGUCAGUGAUUCUGAUGGAGUUAAUAAAAGACGAUCAACAAUCUGUUGUGAAAACAGUUCACCAAUUGGAAUGUUGAAUGAAAACAAUCUGAAAAAUUCAUUGGAUGUUUAUUCUGUUGGAGUUUUUGCUGCUCAUUAUUUUCGAUGUGAUCAAGAUAAUUUGAAUAUAAACACUUUAAACCCACACAUUAACAUUAAAAAUAUUCCUUCUUCAACAUCUUCAUCAACAUCAGUAGCAACAAACCAAAAUAGCGGCACAAACAAAGAUAGUGGUUCAUCUUCUGUUACUAAAGUUUGGAAAGCGAUGAAAAAUUUUCUCCAUAUUUCAUCUCUAGUUCAAUUGAUUGAAGUUUCCAUGAGAAAAUUAAUGUUCUACAUUGAAGAUGGCUCAUUGGCUCAAGAAAAAUUGAAAACUCUUUAUGAAAUGAUUGAUUCAAACGCUCAUAAAUUAAUAAAUAUUUUGAAUCCACGGGAAGUUGAGGAAACGCUUAUGGCAUUGGAAGUCUUGAAAAACCAUUCAUCAAAUUCUGGUCACAGCAAUACCAUGAGUGGAUCAAUCAACCAGUCUUUUGGUGGUAAAAUUACAACGGCUGAUUGUUCAACAAAUGAUAUAAGAGCAUCCAAUGAACCCGUUUUCAGGAAAAACAGCCAAAGCAUUUCUGAAGAGCAACAAGAACUUGAACCAGUAGAUCUUAUUUAUCUUAAUAUCAAAGCUAGUUUAAUAAGUAUAUCGGGUAAAAUUAACAAUACACAAUCGAUAAAAUGCUCACGAUCAGAAGUUGAACCCAGCAAACGUAAACUAAUCUCAGCCAAUGCCGCACUACUUCGAAUUAGCAGUAUUUGUUAUGCAAUUGAAGCUAUUAAAUUGGAGCGAGAAAAUUUGGAACUUUUCUACAACCUUCGACUGAAAAGAGGGAUGAUUUUUAGUCAAAUAUUAACAGUUUUGAUUACUGCUGUAGUUAAUCAAAUUAAAUCAACCAGUUUCCAGCGAAAUUUAGUCAAAACAAAAUCAAUCUUUGUAUAUUUUCAAUCUUUACUUAGUUGUUAUGCUCAAGAAAUUGGUAUGUUGAACGAUAUGGCUGCUGCCACUUCAGAGCUCAAUCAAUGUACUACAUUUGUUUUCAUCAAUUUCAAAGAUUCUUCACGAUCAACUCUUGAUUUACCAAGAAUCGAAGGAAAUGGUCACAAUGUUAGAGUUAUCAUCUCUUUAACUUCACAAAUAUUACCUGAUUACCUUGAAGCUCAACCUAAAGCAUUUCUCUUCAAUAUUGGUAUCAAUGAACAGGCAACUCUUGCAGAGACCCUUGGUCUGGUCAAAUUGCAGGAGACAAUUAAUCAAAGCGCUUUUCAUAGACUCGAAGAAUACAUUAUUGAAUUCAAAGAGAAUCCAAAUUUAGUUGAUUUGUUAACUGCGUUAAAAAUUGAACUUUGGUCUCGUCGAGCUAAAAAUGUCCGUAUUCUGCAUUUAAUGGAGCAAAUUACUUAUCAUCUUGAUGGUAUUCGUUUUACAAGUUGUAAAAGUGCCAAAGAUCGUACUUCAAUGGCCAUAACACUGGAAGAGGUGCGAUUUUGCUCGCGAAAGUACAAUUUCAAUGAGAUUGAUGAUUCACAUCUAUUCCAGCAAAUGUUAGACACUUUAAGAAGUGAAGGCACCAGGAGGGAAAAUACUCGAAAAAAUAUCGGUAUUGCUAAAUACGCAUUCAACUCUCUUAAAGCUAUGACUUUACCAAAAUUAUAUCGUCCUCCUCCAGGAACUUACAGUAAUGUUCGUGAUUGAACAGAAUCGAUCUAUUCCACUAUUAUUAUUACCUUUAAUAUUAACAUUAUUACCAUUACAAUUUAUAACAUAUGAUGGACAAUCAUCAAAAAGAUACUCGCGAAAACGAUUAUGUCACAAAUCUAGUCAAUCAUUGAAAUUAUGUUAUUAGUAAUACAAUAGAAACAAAUUUCCACUGAAAUUAUUGAGAAUCAAAAUAAUCAAUGUUGUCCAUUUGCUUCAUUGCGAACAAACAAAAAACAUUUCUUUUCUCUUUUUAUUUCCAAUGUUACUUAAUUAAAUAUAGAAAUAAAUAUACAUUAUGUACAA